CUCAAGUUUGUUUAUCAUCAUAUUCCAUCAAAGCCCCUGGAUCUUCAACUAACCCAUCGCCACCAUCACUAUAGUACUUUACAAAGAUUUCCAGCGGCGCCAGGUCGUAGAAUUCCCAGACAGGUUCUCCCGCGCCACAAUCCUAGAAGCCUUCCACAACCAUGACCUAAUGAUCAGAUCGCUCUACCUGGGGUCUCUCAUCAAGGAAAGCACCUCUAUCAGUUCAAACUCCACAAAGUUCUCAUCGUUAGACCCUAAUUCGAACGUCACCACCGUCUGUACUCUAACUAGUCUCGAAGACGGCAUUGGCAUGGUCGUAGACUUGGGGCUAGGGAUGAAAAUCAACUGCCACUGGAUUAUUCAUGAUCGUUCUGAGAGUCCACCAUCGUGUGAGGAUACGGCUUUAACGGGCGAUAUUGUGCCAAUAGGAUCACUAUAUCUUCUUGAAGAGGUGGCUUUUCAUAUUAUGAGGCCAUUUGAGAGGUUCACGAGGAAUGAUCGCCAGCAAAGUCAUGCUACGGAGGGUAUUCUUAGGUUACUGCAAAGAUUGAAAAGCGGGGAAGUGUCUGGUGGUGAACUGGCUGCUGAGGGGAAUGAAAGUGAGGUUGAUAGUAUGGUGGAGGAUGUAAAACCGAAAAGGGAAUAAUGUUUGUUCAAAUAUAUACCUCAGGCUCUCUUU